UCAGGUUGCUUGCAAUCCAAGCAGCAGAGGGGACUCUACGAGUGCCCACUAAUUACUUGGCGGAUAAGUUUUGCACUUAUUCACGAACGCUCAUUUCGUUUCAUCGGAUUUCUUCGCUUGGCGGCUUUCACCUGGGCUCACUUUGGCGGCUCCAAAGACCAAGUAUGGAAACAGGAAAUGGCGGAAGUUCCCGCGAGCUGGGGCGGAAGAGAACUCGCUCAGCCUCACCGGAGCCGCUCAACUUGAUCAGGCGCCGAAACCGUGACGGCACUAUUGACUGGCGAUGGCUGGAAGAGAACUUAGGCUUGUUUCAGGAACCGGCCCCAGGUGACCGAAGCUGUGGAACGAGUCCAGUUGAAAUCGUGGACCUGGAUGCGCCAUCAACAUCACAUGGCCAGGGCAGCCUUUGGAGAGAACCUUCUCCACCUCCAAAAAAGGCUGAACAGCUACCUGUGGGCGUCGCCACAAGGUUCUUUCCCCCACGGUCGCUCAUCGAUCGUUUCACGCCCACGCUGAAGGGGAUCUCUGCGGGCAACUCUAGCUGGCAUCGUCGCUCAGGAGUCAAUCGCGAGAGCACGGUACCGAUGCCCAACGUGAGCGCCCCGCAAGCUACUGCCCCGCGGGAGGGAACCCAAGAAGGCCAGCCAGGCUCAUCAAACACGUCUCAGCGGUAUCACUGAGGCCAUCCAAACGGCAACGCUCGAUCGGCACGAGCGCAUCAGUUUGACGACAUUUGGAAUAAAGUUUUUACCUUGAA